AUGUCCGGCUUCAGUCCUGACCUUGACGAAGCCUUGCGCCAGCUCGACGAAGAGUUCGAGGAAGGAGACAUCACAAGAAAGGGCUACGAAAAGCGACGGACCCUUAUACUUUCUCAGUUCAUCUCUCCACAGCAGCUGCCGACGUCGCAGUCACGAGGACUACGCGUACACUCUCCUGACGACAGCGAUCAUCCCGCCUCUAAUGACGCCUCCAGAGCAGCAUCUCUCGCGGCUCUUACCGGUCGACCGGUGAGCGAACAGACAAGAAAUGGAACAAUAACCGAGGGGUAUCCCAGCAUGAACCGGCAAACCUCGACGCUUAGAGACGAGUACCCGAACGACCCCAGACGAAGUUCCACCUCACUAGGCCAUGUCCAAAGAUUUCAAGAGCGGGAAACUGGAGGUAUACAGCGUGGACCAUCCCCGGGAGUUUCAUAUGACCAGCGACACGAAACGUUCCUGACCGCGAACGAUCAGUCGCGCACGGAGACUCUGAUGAGCCAUAAUUAUGCCUUCAAUCCUGACCUUCAACAGAAUUAUGCUGGUGCCGAUACGCGCAAUUCCACCAUGCUCGACUCCCAGCAGGGCUACUUCUCGGAUUUUGCAGGUCAACAACGAGAAGACCAUCAGGAAAACUACGGCGGCGACAUUCACCGAUAUUCUCAGACUGAGCUGACCUCUCCUACAGCGCAAAUGGCACCUCCCUUCCUGGGUGCCGGAGAGCUCGAGGGCGGCGCUGCAAUCCACCAGAUGCCUCUGGAGCCCCGGGAGGUUCCAUUCGCCAUCUGUGACCCUCAUGACUCGCACAUCGAGAUGUCUAGAUUCGAGAACAUUGCGGCAGUGCUUCGCCAUCGUGCAAAAACGAACCCCAAGCAGGCCGCUUAUUGGGUGCUGGAUCAAAAAGGCAAAGAGAUCGUUUCCAUAACAUGGGAGAAGCUGUGCAGUAGAGCGGAAAAGGUUGCCCAGGUCAUCCGGGACAAAAGCAGUCUAUACAAAGGAGAUCGCGUCGCUUUGAUUUACACGGAGAGCGAGAUCAUCGAGUUCACGGUGGCACUACUUGGCUGCUUUAUCGCCGGAGUGGUCGCCGUACCGAUCAAUGACCUGAAGAAUUAUUCGAGACUGAAUGUUGUGCUAACAUCCACACAAGCCCACCUGGCUCUGACUACGGAGGCCAACCUCAAGAAUUUCCAGCGGGAUAUCACUGCAGCCAAACUGAACUGGCCACGAGGGGUCGAAUGGUGGAAGACGAAUGAGUUCGGCAGCUACCAUCCCAAGAAAAAGGGCGAAGAAAUUCCUCUGGUGGUACCCGAUCUUGCAUUCAUUGAAUUUUCUACUGCGCCCACGGGCGAUCUUCGUGGCGUCGUCAUGAGCCAUAAAACAAUUAUGCAUCAGAUGGCUACCCUCAGUGCGAUGAUUACCUCGGCGACGAGCAACACUCGAGCUGAUACCUUUAAUCCCUCUUUGCGAGACAAGCAGGGCCACUUGAUAACCGGCUCCAGACAUGGGGAGAUCCUGCUGAGCUAUCUGGAUCCCAGGCAGAGUAUAGGGAUGAUUUUGGGAGUGCUGUUGAACAUCUACGGAGGUCACACCGUGAUUUACAUCGAUCAGAGAACGAUCGAAACUGCCGGGCUCUAUGCCAACCUCAUCACCAAGUACAAGACCACUUUACUGGUGGCAGACUAUCCGGGCCUGAAGCGAGCGGUCUACAACUAUCAGACGGAUCCUAUGACGACGAGGAACUUCAAACGCAAUUUUGAACCUAAUUUUAGCAGUGUCAAGCUAUGCAUGAUUGAUACAUUGACGGUCGACGCGGAAUUCCACGAGCUGCUGGCAGACCGAUGGCUGAAACCACUGCGCAACCCCAGGGCCCGAGAAAUUGUUGCACCAAUGCUGUGCCUGCCCGAGCAUGGCGGCAUGAUCAUCAGCAUGCGUGACUGGCUAGGCGGUGAAGAACGAAUGGGCUGUUCUCUAAGGCACGAAAUGGAUCAUGAUCAACAAGUCGCAGAGAAAAAGGAGGAAGACAGCGCUGCCGCCAGAUCUGUCUUCGGCAGCAGUCUCAUUGGGGGUGGCACCACCAAGCCUUCCAUCGAGCGUUCCACCGAAGACCUGGGAGAAGUCCUCCUGGACAAGGAGGCUCUCAAGACCAACGAUAUCGUAGUGCUGGCUAUGGGAUCCGAGGCACGCGCGAAAGCCAGCUCAUUCCCCAAUGCCGUAAGGUGCGGAGCGUUUGGCUACCCCAUCCCCGAUGCUACUCUGGCAGUGGUUGAUCCGGAGUCGGGUCUUCUGUGCUCACCGCAUUCUAUCGGCGAAAUCUGGGUGGACUCUCCCUCGCUGUCAGGAGGGUUCUGGGCCCUUCCCAAGCAUACCGAGACCAUAUUUCAUGCCCGGCCUUAUUGCUUCAAGGACGGUGAUCCAACACCGACAGCAAUCGACCCUGAGUUCCUCCGCACUGGCUUGCUCGGCUGUGUCAUUGAGGGCAAGGUGUAUGUCUUGGGACUGUACGAGGACCGACUCAGACAGAGGGUCGAAUGGGUCGAACACGGCGUGGCGGUGCAGGACCAUCGCUACUUUUUCGUGCAACACCUCAUCCUUAGCAUCAUGAAGAAUGUCCCCAAGAUCCAUGACUGCUCUGCUUUCGAUUGCUUUGUGAACGAUGAGCAUCUACCCAUCGUCCUCCUCGAGUCGCCAUCUGCAUCGACGGCUCCAAUAUCCUCCGGUGGUCCUCCGAGACAGCUUGAUAUUGCUCUCCUUGAUUCCCUAGCGGAGAAAACCAUGGAUGUUCUGUAUCAGGAGCACCACCUUCGGGUGUACUGCGUCCUCAUCACGGCCCCCGGCAUCUUGCCUAGAGUGACCAAGAACGGCCGAAGAGAGAUCGGCAAUAUGCUCUGCCGCAAGGAAUUCGACAACGGGUCUUUGCCCUGUGUCCACGUCAAGUUCGGUGUUGAGCGAGCAGUUCAAAACCUAGCUUUCGGAGAGGACAUCAGCGGCGGGAUCUGGUCGCCAGAUGCAAGUGCGGCUCGGAUGGAACUGCUGUAUGGACAAGAAACACAGUGGUCUGGGAUCGACCCCCGAGAAGUAGUCAUCGAUGAUCGUACUUCCACGGCCCUGAGCAAUUUUACGAACAUAUUCGAUUUGAUGCAGUGGCGAGUGGCCCGGCAGGCGGAUGAACUCGCAUACUGUACAAUCGAUGGGCGAGGAAAAGAGGGUAAAGGGCUCACAUGGAAAAAGUUUGACCUGCGAGUCGCCGCGGUGGCCUUGUACCUGCGGAACAAGGUCAAGGUGAGACCGAGCGACCACCUCAUCUUGAUGUAUACUCACUCCGAGGACUAUGUGUUCGCUGUGUACGCCUGCAUGGUCCUUGGAGCAAUUGCAAUUCCGGUUGCCCCGUUGGAUGCCAACCGACUCUCGGAAGAUGCCCCGGCUUUUCUUCACAUAGUGGCGGACAUGGGUGUCAAAGCUGUGCUUUGCAACACGGACGUGGAUCACCUCUUCAAACAGAAGAUUGUCUCGCAACAUCUGAAGCAAUCUGCCCAGUAUCUCAAGACCAACAUCCCCAGUGUGUAUAACACGGCAAAGCCGGCCAAACAGUCGCACGGUUGCCGGGACUUGGGCCUUACCAUAAGCCGCUCUUGGAUAUCCCCAUCCAACCCUGUCAUUAUUUGGACAUACUGGACGCCAGACCAGCGUCGAGUUUCAGUCCAACUGGGACAUGAUACGCUCUUGGGAAUGUGUAAGGUUCAGAAAGAAACUUGCCAGAUGACCAGCUCGAAGCCGGUGCUUGCAUGCGUGAGAAGCACCGUCAGCAUAGGGUUUCUGCACACGGUGGUGAUGGGCGUGUACAAUGGAAGUACCACCUACCUGAUCUCGCCUCUGGACUUCGCGCAAAAUCCCGGCUCGCUUUUCCUGGCUUUGUCUAGGUACAAGGUCAAGGACACCUACGCCACUAGCCAAAUGCUGGACUUUGCCAUGGGGCACGUUGCUGGCAAGGGGUUCUCGCUGCACGAGCUGAAGAAUUUGAUGAUUGCCACCGAGAGCCGGCCCCGGCUGGAUCUUUUCUCCAAGGCGAGACUGCACUUUGCCCAAACAGGGCUUGAAAGAACUGCCAUCAACACAAUUUAUUCCCACGUCCUUAAUCCAAUGAUAGCAUCUCGGAGCUACAUGGCUAUUGAGCCAAUCGAGCUGUGGCUGGACGUGCGGGCUCUGCGAAGGGGCCUCGUCUACCCGGUUGACCCGGACACCGAGCCCACGGCUCUAUGCGUGCAGGAUUCCGGAAUGGUUCCUGUGUCGACUCGCAUCGCCAUUGUCAACCCCGAGACUUGCCAGCUGUGCCACGUGGGCGAAUUCGGCGAGAUCUGGGUGCAAUCUGAGGCAUGCGCGAAAUCAUUCUACAUGUCGAAACAGCUUUUUGACGAAGAACGAUUCAAUGGCCGGAUCGUUGGCGGGGAUCCCAAUGCCAGAUACGUGCGGACUGGUGAUCUAGGCUUCCUCCACAACAUCACGAGACCAAUUGGCCCGGGCAAUCAGCCGGUGGAGAUGCAGAUACUGUUUGUAUUGGGUAGUAUUGGAGAGACCUUUGAGGUCAAUGGUCUCAAUCACUUCCCGAUAGACAUCGAGAACAGCAUUGAGAAGUGCCAUCGCAACAUCACGCCCGGUGGUUGUGCUGUUUUCCAGGCUGGGGGCAUGGUGGUGGUCUUGGUCGAGGUGUUCCGGAAGGCCUACCUCGCUUCCAUUGUGCCGGUGAUCGUCAAUGCCGUGCUUCACGAACACCAAAUCAUCGUCGACAUUGUCGCCUUUGUGGGCGACGGCGACUUUCCUCGGAGUCGCCUGGCCGAGAAGCAGAGGGGCAAGAUCCUGGCAUCUUGGGUGACCCGCAAGCUGCGCACCAUUGCUCAAUUUGGAAUUCGAGAUGCUGACGGCCCUGACGCGCAGGAUCCUGGGAUUCCCGCGGUACGCAAAGGGACGAGCCUGAUGGGCAAGAGUCUCAGUCAGCAAGAGCAAAGCAGGGCGUCGAUUGCUUCGGAAUAUCAGGCCAAUGCGCCGACAGACAUGAACUCCAACCGAUCCAGCAUUGUCCCUGAGUUGCAGUUCAGCUUGCCACCCAACCACUACCAGAUCGACCCCACCGGUCUUUACGAUGGCCCCUCACGGAAUUCGGGCAGUAGUAGCAACGCUGGGGUAGUCCUGAGAGACAGGCCUUACACUCUGCCGGAGGGCAUCGUGGAGAUGCCGACCGCCAAAUUUGACGAUGCAGACGAUGGAACCAAUCCGUACAUGACCGACGAGAAAUUCUUCGAUCCAAACGCAGACCCAGAAAUACCAUUCGGCGACCGCACGCCGCAAGCGUCCCAACUUGACCUUGCGCGUGGCAGGCCUCCUAGGCUUGCAGUGGUCAAUCCGGACGAUUACUCUCCCACCACGAGCAAUGACAAUACCCCUACUAGCUACACUGCGACCGCCACACCGACCUCUGCGAUCCCGCUCUCCGCCACGUCGACUAACGAGCGGGAGGAUGAGAGCCCCUAUGAAGAUCAAGGAAACCCUUUUCGAAAUUCGAUUCCUGCGUCGGUGCCCAGUUUUGAUUUUGUCACGUCUCCCAGCUCCCGGCACCCGACUCGUCAAUCAACGGCCGGUGCAGCAGCAGCAGCAUAUAAUCAAGUCACCUCUUCAUCAACAGGGCGCGCUUUGCUGCCCAGUCAACAGGCGCGGUAUGCAAGUAGCGGUCAGCCAGAGCCAGAGCCAGUGAGGAACCGCCAGGCCAGCGAGACCUCAUACGAGGCCACAGACUUGCCUCCAGAGGCUCUAUUUUAUGCUUCAGCAUACGGGGAUAGACAAUCCAGUGGCGAACAACAUGGGCGACGAGGUGCUGAAGGAGAUGGGCCGAGCGUGGAUUUGAGCAGCGUCUCUGGAAGCAUCGCUGUGAGAAGACGGUACGACGGAAGUGCGUAUGAUGAUUAUGAGGAGUAA